AUGAGUAACCCAUAUGCCCAAAACAACAACAACAACUCCUAUGAGUUGAAAACCUAUGCUGCUGAAGAUGAUUUUGUUGGCUACAUGCAAGAUAUUUCUAACAUCAACAAAUCUUUGGAUGAGUAUGGGUCCUUGGUCGGCUUAAUUAAGGAAAAGCAAAGAAACCUUCUCCAAGAACUUGAUUUGAAUGAAGAAGAUGGUGAUUACAAUUCCCGCCAAGUUGAUGCUCUUGUGAACGAAGCCCAACGUUUGCAAUUGGAAUUGAAGGACAGAAUUAAAAGUGUUCAAGCAAGAGGUGUGAGUGACCCAACUAAGCAUAGUCAAGCGGAAGUUGUCAGAAAGAGAUUUUUGCAAUUAAUUCAAGAUUAUAGAGUCAUUGAAGCAAACAAUACUGCUGAAGCCAAGCAAAGAGCUGAAAGACAGUAUCGUAUAAUCAAGCCAGAAGCCUCUGAAGAUGAAGUCAGACAAGUGGUUGAUGAUUACAAUAAUGGUGAGCAGUAUUUCCAAGCUGCAUUAAUGCAAAGUAAUAGACGUGGUGAAGCCCGUACUGUGUUGAAUGAAGUACAAACAAGACACAGAGAAUUAUUGAAAUUGGAGAAAACGAUGGCUGAAUUGAAUAGAUUGGUCCAAGAUAUGAACGAAAUGGUUGCUGAGCAAGACAAUGCCGUUCAACAAAUUGAAGCACAAAUGGGCGAUGUUCAACAUGACAUUGAACAUGGUGUGAAGCACACUGACAGCGCUGUCAAGUCAGCUAGAGGUGCGAGAAAGAAGAAGAUUUGGUGUUUCAUUAUUUGUUUUAUUAUUGUGGCUGUCCUUGCCCUUGCUUUGGGUAUCCAUUUCGGUACCAAGUAA